CUGCUUUCGCCUCCCCCUUUUGCUCUGCCGCCUACUGGAAAGGCCUGUGGUCAAAUUUUGGUGGGGAGUGGAGAAUGGACAGUCUAAGAUUCGUUGGAUGUCCUGGCAGAACAUGUGCAGGAGUAAACAUGAUGGAGGGAUGGGGUUUCGCCGAUUUGAGCAUUUCAAUCAGGCGCUUCUCGAUAAGAUUGGCUGGCGGAUCCUGAAUGAUCCCACCUCUCUUCGGGCCCAAGUGUAUAAGGGAAAAUAUUUCCCCAAAGAUUGUUUUCUUGAGGCCACGGCUCGGUCUCGCCCGGCCUGGGACUGGUUGAGCAUUCUCUUUGGUCGACAACUGUUAAUUAAGGAUCUUCGAUGGCAAAUUGGCAAUGGCCGCUCUACCCCGCUGCUGAACAAUAAUUGGGUGCCUCGUCUGCAUCUCGAGAGACCCGUCCACAACCCGCAGGUUUUGCCAACUGGUUGGAACACGGUGGUUGCUGAGGUCAUAUGCUCGGGGGAAGGACGUUGGUGUGACUCGAAACUGAGCCUGUUGUUUGAUCUCCUAUCCGCCCUAAGUUGCGUAUUUUUCUGUGACAAAUUUUCAACCGUCUCAUGCCUACGACUGAAGCUCUUAUUGAGAAGGAUAUCCUUGUCCAUCCUCGAUGUCCGGUGUGCUGGGCAGAGUCUGAGACGCUGAAACAUUUGUUCCUCGACUGUCCAGUGGCAAGGGCAUUGUGGGAUUAUGCGGGUUUGGAGUAUCUUGGUCAAGGGCUUCCUAGGCACACGUUCCCUUUAUUCCUGAAAAAGUUGAUGCAGUGUAUUCAUCAACCUCAGCUGCUUAUGGCAGUUGCUGCAAUUCUUUGGAGUAUCUGGCGAUGUCGGAAUUGGGUUGUAUUUUAGGGCAAGUAGUUCGGGAUCCCAGCCCUACGCGUCAAUUUAAUUAGCAGUAUCAGGAGUGGAUAAGUUUGCCUGGGGGUAGGGCUCAGUAGCGGUCCCCUAUAUUUGCUAAUCAACCUCUGGGGAAUGUAAACCCUGGUUCGUUAGUUUGCAAGUGGGAUGGGACUACCAAACAUGAUUCUCAUUCAGCAGGAGGAAUGGUUGUCCUGACCCCGGACGAGAUGGUUCUAGGGGCUAAAUGUGUUCAAUUUGGUGUCAUAGAUGACCCUCUGGUUGCUGAGGUGCUUACGCUCCGGGAAGCAGUUCAUUGGUGUAGUGCGUCUGGGUUUACGGAUGUACGGUUUGAAGGGGAUGCCCAAGUGGUAAUUGAUAAACUCAACCACUAUGAGGUCAGAGAUAGCCGGAUUGGAGCCCUUCUGGAGGAAGUUCUGCAUUGCUUAUCUAACCAUAGCGGGUUUAGUGUACGGUUUGUAGGUCGACGUAAUAAUAGGGUAGUCCAUUUGGUGGCUCGGAAGGCCUUGCUUUUGUACCCGUCUGCAAAUCGUUUCUUUGAUUUUUUGGCGUGGCUCAAUUCCAUGAUGUAACUAUCUUUUCUCUGAUCAAUAUAUGAUUACUUUUUGUAAAAUAAUAAUAAUAAUAUAUUUGACCUUGCUGUAUUGCUUUUCGAUGAGUAGAUAGUCGAGUCCAACCUCUGUUCUGUCAUGCAGAUAGUCGAGUUGCUCUGCUUGCUGGAGGGAAUGCCGUGUCGUUGGUAAUUUUCUAUGCUAUUGGAAGAUUCAGCCAUGAUUAUUUUCUGUAUUUGACAUUGACACAUUUGAGGAAUGCCGAUCCUUUUGUGGCUGGUAAUAAGUUUGUUCAAAGUUUAAUAUGGUGAAGAUGGUAUAUGGUGCGUUGUGCACCAUUGAAUUGAGGUUUGUCUUGUGUUUUCGAAGACUCUCUAAUGCGUUGUUUCGAGUAAAUUUUAAUGAUUACUGAAGGAUAUAUCAACUCCUCAAUCUCGUAUGUUUUUGCAGAAGUCAUUCUUUUGCACGUCGGUCCUAUUUUUAGGCCAACCAACCAACCAACUAGACAUCCUUUGUCAAGAUUUUCUCCUUUUUCAUGGAGUACACUAGAGAACAAGAACAAGAGGAAGACAUUGAUUUCUUCGUGCAGAACUGCAUACAGAGAAAAGAGAGAAUUAAAUUAUAAUUCUGGAGAAAAAGCGCAGAAAUGCAGCAAUAAAUGAGAACAGAAAGAGGAGAAGGUGUGUGUGGGAGAGAGAGUUAGAAAAUGGCGGAAUAUGAACCACUCGAAUUCCCGAUUUUAUUUUGCUCUUUUAUCUGUUCCCGAUUUUCUGCCCAACCCAUCUAUCCGUUUGAUUUGAUGACAUGCUCGCAGUAAUGAUGGAUCGAUAAAUGAGUGAAUAUAUGUAUAAAAUAUCCUGACUGAGGAAAACCGAGCAGAUAACAAAGCAGUUACAGCCAGGCUGACAGGCGAACGUAGCACAACGAGAAACAAGGAGAGGUUCUUGUUCCUCUCUGUGCUCAUCGCCAUCUCCCUUUCUUCCGGCUUCUCCUCUUCUCAGGCUGCUGUUGAUCGAAAUUCAGUUUCCGUUCAUCAUCAGGUAAGUUGCCAUUUCACAUCUCAAACUCAUCUAUUCUGCACCAGCUUGGCCUUUCUCUCUUUCUUUCUUUCUUCCUCUUUGCUACCAGCCACUAUGUGAUUCAUUUCCAUCCUUUAACAUUUGCUGAGUGUAUGCUUGUCAAUCCAAACCCAGCUUCUGAUUCUCAUUCUAAUCACUUCCCACUUGUUUAUGAAACGAUUAAAAGAUUUUGAAACAUGGGAUUUGAGUCUGAUGAUAUAAUUGGAGACAAACUCCAAGCUGCUGCAUGUAUAUGCAUAUGUGCCCAUUAGUGUUCAACUCUAUGUGCUAACUGCUAACCAUAUACCAUCAUCAACUAGAGCGUUUCCCGCCAUGGAGCUCAGUAAGGAAAAGUGUAUUGCUUCAAUGGAUAUCAAUUCCCUGUUUAUUGCUGUGUGUUUUGCUGCACUGCUUCAAACGAUUCCAAUUUUGUGUUUUCCUUCUCUGUCCUUUCGCUAUUCUAUGAGCUGGGUUUUGGACUUUUGGUUUGCCAUUCCAUUGUGUACUAUAUUAAAAUGUUCGUCUUAAUUAUAAAAGAAGCCAUUACACAUAUGAAGCUGGAGAGUGACUUGUGUUUUGAUCACCAAAUUAGGAGGGGGGAAACGCUGAUUUCUGCUGAGCCCUACUGAUUUGGUUUCUCCCUGUGGAAGAACCAAAUAUAGAAAGCAACUCAAAGGGUUUUAAGUUUCCACUGCCAAAUUUCAUGUUGGGGAAGAAAACUUGUAAUGGUUACUGAGGUUGCUGGGGAAGAAGCCAUAUGAUGGCCACCACUGCAGUCAUUGGACUCACUGCAGGAAACAGACUCCUGCCUUCGUCCUUCCAUUACUGUUCUGAUCCUCCCGAGAAGCUCUUCUGUAGCAGCUCCGAACAUGGAUCAUCCCACUCUCAAUUCACUUCAUCCAGAAGCAUUGUAGUUGCCAAAAAGUCGUCAUCAACAUCCUCAUCGUCACAUUGUGGCCCUGGCUACCCGGGUUCCAGUAGAUCCACACAUUCCAUUAAGGCACUAAAAGACCAUGUAGACACUGCAACAGCUGCAACCACAUGGACUGAGACUAAUUUGAAGGACUUGGAAGAAGAAGAAGAAGAAGAAGAAGAAGAAGAAAGUUGUGAUGUUCUUCACUCCUCGCUAGAGGCACUUCUUCUAUUGCAGAGAACUAUGCUGGAGAAGCAAUGGAGUCUCUCAUUUGACGACGAGAGGGCAGAUGCAUCAUCUGCUGCUGGUAAGAAGAAUGGGAAGAAGAAGAAGAAGAAGAAGGUUCCCGUAGUUACCUGUUCUGGGGUCUCUGCACGCCAAAGAAGAAUCAAUACUAAGAGGAAAGCUGUAGGGCAGAGUGGUAUUAGCCCCGAGCUGGUGCAUAAUCGCUUGACUGGUUACGUGAAGGGCGUGGUGAGUGAACAACUGCUCACUCAUGCAGAAGUGGUGAGUCUGUCGACAAUUAUCAAAGCUGGUCUUUCCUUGGAGGAACGUAAAUCCAGGCUGAAAGAAAGACUGGGAUGUGAUCCCUCUGAUGAACAACUGGCUGAUUCCUUGAAGAUAUCUCGUACUGAACUGCAUUCCAAACAGAUGGCUUGCUCAUUGGCCAGAGAGAAGCUGGCGAUGAACAAUGUUCGCUUGGUUAUGUCUAUAGCUCAAAAGUAUGACAGGAUGGGUGUCGAACUGGCUGACCUUGUUCAGGGAGGUCUGAUCGGACUAUUGCGUGGCAUAGAAAAGUUUGAUUCUUCAAAGGGGUUUAAGAUGUCUACCUAUGUUUAUUGGUGGAUUCGUCAGGGUGUCUCAAAAGCUUUAGUUGAGAAUUCAAGAACCUUAAGGCUACCUAAUCAUCUGCAUGAGAGGUUAGGCCUCAUAAGGAAUGCAAAGAUCAGACUUGAAGAGAAAGGAAUAACACCAUCCAUUGAAAGAAUUGCAGAAUCACUGAAUAUGUCAGAGAAGAAAGUGAGAAAUGCUACACAGGCUGUUAACAAGGUCAUUUCGAUGGAUCGGGAUGCUUUCCCUUCCUUGAACGGUCUUCCUGGAGAAUCCCACCAUGGUUACAUUGCAGAUAACCACUUGGAGAACAACCCUUGGCAUGGAGUAGACGAAUGGGCACUCAAGGAUGAAGUGAAUAAGCUAAUCGACUUGAGUCUUCAAGAACGAGAACGAGAGAUCAUACGCCUUUACUAUGGCCUCGAUACAAAAUGCCUUACGUGGGAGGACAUCAGCAAACGCAUAGGGUUGUCGAGGGAAAGAGUGAGGCAAGUUGGGCUGGUUGCAUUGGAGAAGCUAAAACUUGCAGCAAGGAAAAGGAAGAUGGAAACCAUGCUACUCAAACAUUAGUUGAUUAUAAAAAGAACAAAGAACAGAACUUUACUGUGUAGUGUAUAUAAACAGGAAAAGGGAAGGAAAAUCUGUAUCAAAAUUUUUCUUUUCUUUUUGUUAUAGUUUUAUCAACAGUGAGUAUAUGUGAUUGGAACCUCCAAGGAAGACUCCAUUUGUAGAGAGUUUGAUCAUCAUCUAGUUCUACACAUACAGAUAUACUGAAUAAGAGCUUUUGUAAGAAAAUGGGAAACAAAAGGCUUCUCAUCGCAAAACCGUUUCCGGAUACAAGUACAUUACUGAUUACUGUCGACCACCAAACCUAUGGCCAUGAAACUAAUGGCUGUUCCAAAUUACUACAUAAUUCUUUUAUGGUCAACACUGAGAUAUGUUUUUUUUACCGGAUUAUUCUUUGAAUUUAAUGAAUUUGUCACUAAAAUUAGGAAUAGUUAGUAUGAUAGUUACUUUGUCUAUCUUGAUCAACCUUUUAUAGUUGUACUAUUAGGCUAGAUAUACGAUACAUAAUUUGUUACCACUAAUGUGGUCACAAUCCCUAAAAUAUAUUAAAGGGUUUCUCAAAAAGGCCUUCUUCAUUUCAAAUUCUCUACGAUAUCAUGAAGCCACACAGUUUUUUUCCUUUUCUUUGCCUAUUUUUUCCCCUGUAAUUUCUCCGCCUAUUUUUCCCCGGAUGAUUAACCACUAUAAUAUUUUAUUUUAUUUUUAAAUUAACGUAUUCGUUUAUGUGAAGAGAGAAGAAAUGAGAGAAAAGAGAAAGAGACCGUGAGGGGAAAAUCUGUUAGAUUUUUUCGUUAAAUUUAAAAUUUAAAUUGUUGAUCAUUUUAUUUCGUUUUAAACUAACUUUUGUUUAUGGGAAAAGAAAACUGGGAUAGAGAGAGAAAAUCUAUUAGUAUUUUUGUUGUGAAAUUUAAAUAUAAAGUCAGACUUAAUUUUUAAAUUCCAAAACUAUCUGUAUCAAUAUCUAUAGUUGGAUAUGAGAUUAAAAUAUUAAGGAUUAUUAAUGAGGUUAGCAUAUGCUAACCUCUCAUUCACAUUUGUGUUUUUUCUACUUCCAAGCUAAAAAAUAUGAAUAUACGAUGUGAACAACUAAAUAUGUCCCAAAAUUUCUAAAAUCGUCCUGAAUGAAAAUGAUUAUCAAUCCAUCAUUUGAAGUUUUCUCAAAUCAUAACACAAGCACGUGUUCCAAUUUUUUAUAAAUCGAAGGUGGAUAUAGAAUUUUUGUUGAAAUACAAAACUAUCGACUAAACUUCGUCGCAUAUAAUUGAGAAACCAUAGAAUGUUUUGGUCAUUCUUAAUACUAAUAGUUGGUUUGAGAGAGGAGGCUUAUGAGAGAGGCCACAAGCAAAUGAUGCAAUUAAUACUUAACUUCUUCAAUAACUAUUGAUAAAUAGG